AAUACGCGCCUAACUCCAUAACAGUGGGGGUGGACUAUCACUGAAGUUGGGACACUGCCGUAAACAUUUGCUUUAGAAUCAAAUUAAACAGUAGAUAAAUAAAGCUGUCCACCUAAACUUGUAUCUGAAGUUAAAAUACAAUCGACCGACGUCGUCCGGACUGCUAACGUUGAGUUAGCUCAGUAUCCAAGGCAACAACUCCGUCCACCGCUGGUCACGACGACGAUCCAGCAGAAUGGAUGCUGAAGAUAUCCUACACAGUCCAGACGGAGAGGCCGCCAUGCCAGACCAGAACCCCAAAUACCAGAGGAGUCUCAGGAGCCUUAACGCGCUUGCCACGAGGUUUAUCGAGUUGUUACAAGCAGCAGAAGACGGUGUGCUGGACCUCAAAGAAGCUGUCAGGGUCCUGGCUGUCGGACAGAAAAGGAGAAUCUACGACAUCACAAAUGUGCUGGAGGGUGUUGGUCUGAUUGUGAAAAUUUCCAAAAGCAUUGUGAAGUGGAGGGGUACACUGCCAGGAGAAAAUACGCACCAGUCAAACAACAGACUGACAGAAUUAAAGUCUGAGCUGGAGGACUUGGAGCAGAAGGAAUAUAUGUUGGACCAGCAGAAAUUCUGGGUUGAACAGAGUAUCAGGAACACAACAGAAGACUGCAGCAAUCUGACCUAUGUGAAUCAUGAAGAUAUCUGCAACUGCUUCAGUGGUAACACACUCUUGGCAGUACAAGCGCCAUCUGGCACACAGCUAGAUGUUCCCAUUCCCAAAGCUGUCCAGAACAGCCCGGCAAAGUACCAGAUCCACCUGAAAAGCAUUAAUGGGCCAAUAGAUGUCGUUCUUCUUAACAAACUCUCUGUCAGCUCAGUUCCUGUCGUACUGCCGGUCCCUCCGCCUGAGGAAAUUUUACGGAACGCCAAAUUAGCCAUGUCUACUUCAGAUGAGACUGAAAGCAGUAUCGCACCAUGUCAGGCUCCCGCUGCUACCAAACAAAGUACCAGACCUAGGUGGACGGGUUUAGAGGACAUGCGGCAUCUUCAGUCAUCGUCAUUUAUGAAGAGCAAGCCUAACAGAACUGAUACAUCUCAGUUGCGAGACUUAUCAAAAGAACUGGAGGACCUGCUACAGCCCACCAAAAAACUAAUGAGUGCAGAUAUAAUCAAAGAGCUUUUGACCUCUGAAGUUUUUUCCCCAAUCCUGCGCCUGUCUCCGCCCCCAUCUGAACAGGAAUAUGCCUACAAUCUGGAGGAGAAUGAAGGCCUCUGUGACCUCUUUGACAUCCCUGUGCUCAAUGUUUGACCAUGAACUCCUGUGUUAAGACUUCAAAAGUCAAUAUUUUUACAUCAGAAAUGUACAUAGUUGUCUGCUUUUAAAUAGUUAUUAUAACAAAUAAUAAACAAAUGAUUUUGAUUA